UGAUCGGCAUAUUGCAAGCAUGGCCGGGGACAGUGAAACACAUCUAAGGGACCAUGGCGAAAAUGAAAAUAUUGUUCGACAACCUUUCCUUAUCGGUGUGGCCGGGGGCACUGCCAGUGGCAAGUCGUCCGUAUGUGGGAAGAUCAUGGAGCUGCUGGGCCAGAACAAGAUCGACCGCCACCAGCGUCAGGUAGCCAUCCUCAGCCAGGAUAGCUUCUACAGAGAGCUCACCCCAGAGCAGAAGGCCAAGGCCCUUAAGGGCCAGUUCAACUUUGACCACCCAGAUGCCUUUGAUAAUGAGCUAAUCAUGAAGACACUCUGGCAGAUCAUGCAGGGGAAGACCGUCCAGAUCCCAGUGUAUGACUUUGUCACCCAUUCCAGGAAGGAUGAGUUUGUGACUGUGUACCCUGCGGACGUGGUCCUGUUUGAAGGCAUCCUGAUGUUCUACUCGCAGGAGAUCAGGGACCUGUUCCAGAUGAAGCUGUUUGUGGACACUGAUGCAGACACUCGGCUCUCCCGCAGAGUACUCAGGGACAUUGGUGAACGUGGCAGAGAACUAGAGCAGGUGCUGACACAGUACAUAACGUUUGUUAAACCAGCCUUUGAGGAGUUCUGCCUGCCAACCAAGAAGUAUGCUGAUGUGAUCAUUCCGCGAGGAGCAGACAACCUUGUGGCCAUAAACCUGAUAGUGCAGCACAUCCAGGACAUCCUGAAUGGUGGCCUGACUAAGCGGCAGAACGGCUGCACAAACGGCCACAGCACGCCCAGGCAGAGGCGGACCUCCGAGUCAAGUAGCCGGCCACAUUGACCCCACCGUGCCUUCCUCCUCGGGCGAGGGGGGGCGGGGUCAGGGCUGUAAAUAAACUCCUGUUGUAUUUAAGAGAAAUGGAGAAAGAUGCAAGAGGAACUGCAAUGCCUUUAUUAUCAUUAUUAUUACACUCAUUACAGUUACUUUCAAUGUAAUUGUUGGACAUGAUUAGUUUUUUUUUUCAGGGGGACAAGCUAACCUCCUGCUUUUGCAAUGAGACCAUGGGUUUGAAAACGACCCCUUUUUAUUUUCAGUUAUUUGAUGUUUCGUAUGUCCCCUUCUGCAUUUUGGAAAGACCUUGCAGGUGUGAAUAAAGAUGGGGGGAGAACUGUAUUGUCUGGUGAAACUUGAACCCCCAUAGCUUGGGCUUGAAAUGGGGGGAACACCCUGACUGGAAACUGACAUAAAGCCUCAGGAUUGUAUGUAUUUCUCGAUGACAAUCUUGAAGCAAUGUUGAUUAGACUUUCUUUUAAGCCUUGUGGUUUCUUGUUUGUAUGAUGGUAUCUAGCACUCCCUCACUUGAACGGUUCUACACUACAUGGCAGUUCAAUAAGAUCAUCAGUUCGCAAAAACUCCCAGCCACUUAGAGUCCAGACAGUAUUAUUACAAGGGGUGUGCAUGUCAACCAUUGUAUGACUUUUCACAUGGGGCUGUUCUUUAUAAGUCGUCAUGGAGGAAGGUUUUGCUGGCCGUGUUGAGUCCAGAACACAAGAAAAUAGAGAUGAUAUUCCAGCACAAACUCAAAAGAUAAACAUUUUUUGUUUGUUUUCCAAGUCCCUAAUAAGAAACAUGGUUCGCAGUUAUUAGCAUUAGGGCAAACUAUGGCUCCCAAUUUGACUUAGUCAUGGCAAUGGCACCUGUUAACCCAAAGAGAUCAUGAUACAAAUAGAGGUGUCCUGCUGUAUCCACAUGUUAGAAUAUAGAAACACUUUAAAAUGCAGAGCAGACAAGCUGGGAUACAAUGCUUUUAUAUACAGCAAUACAAGAAUGCCAGCCUACUAAUGUCUGAAAGACUCAAGAUAUGACCUACCACACUGCCUCUGUCAAUCUGCCUCAGGGUCAUGUGUAAGUAUCCACAAUAAAAAAACGUAUUCCAUGAUUAAGCAAAGUGUAUAACAAUGUCUGUUAAAUAGCUUUUAUAUGUCAGUGAUUUAGUCUGCACCAUCCAAGUGGUUGAAUGGAAAUGAUUUGUACCUUGACAUUUUUGAGUGAUUGUUGAAUUGAAGUGUUGAUUGAAUGUUGAAAUAAAUGCUAUUGCAUAAUAUGUGAA